UCUAAGCAUCCCUGAACACAUCUCAACUACAAACAGCAGACAUGGCAUUCAAGUUGGUAGUCCUUUCCUGCCUCCUGGCUCUCGCUCACGGCAGCGUAGCCCCCGCGGCUAUCGCGGCUGCUCCCGUAGCGUACGCCACAGCCCCCGUCGCCGCCAGGCUGGAGGAGUUCGACCCUGUCCCACAGUACAACUUCGGAUACAAUGUAGCCGACUCCCUCACCGGCGACUACAAGAGUCAGACGGAGCAGCGCAACGGCGACCUCGUUCAAGGACAGUACUCCCUGGUGGACUCCGACGGCACGCGGCGUGUGGUGGACUACACUGCUGACUCAGUGAACGGUUUCAACGCGGUGGUGCGCAAGGAGCCGCUGGUGGCCGCCGCGCCCGCCGUCGUCGCCGAACCAGCCGUGGUGCCCGCGCGCCUGGCCGCCCCAGUCGCCGCCGCUCCGGUCGUGGCUGCCAGAUACGCGGCUGCCCCUGUCGCCGCUGCUGUCGCCGCGCCUGCUCCGGUAUACGCCCGCUACGCCGCCGCUCCAGUAGCUGCCGCAGUCGCCGCUCCUGCACCAGUCUACGCUCGCUACGCGGCAGCUCCCGUCGCCGCCGCAGUCGCCGCUCCCGCCCCAGUAUACGCCCGCUACGCCGCCGCACCUGUGGCCGCCGCAGUGGCCGCUCCUGCGCCAGUAUACGCUCGGUACGCGACCGCUCCCGUAGCCGCCCCAGUCGUAGCAGCUCGCUACGCCGCCGCCCCAGUGGCAGCUGCCCCCGUCGCGGCUGCGUACAGGGCCGCGUACUCUGCGUACCCCGCAGCCGCGUACACCGCCGCCUGGUAGAUCGCCACUCCCUGCCCUAUUGUAAAAUAAUGACACUAGCAAACCACAAAGACUUGACUUGUACAUACUACUAGAUUUAGCUAUUUUUGUUUAC